CCCAGUCCUCAGCAGAGCCUACACAGAGGAGCACAGACACGAGGAGCAGAGCUGCACUUGCACCAGACGCAGGAGAGACAAUGAAGCAGUGAGCGCAGGGCUAUAGGAAAGCAGCACAGCAAGCGCAGUAGCCUUUCCACCGGAGACCAGAGAGAGCAAGGCGCACCGCUAGUUUUUUUCUCUUCCCUCCUGUCUCCUCUUUGAGAGAUACGUUCCCAUGCGAUUCUUCAGACUCACAUUUAAGUGUUUCGUGGAUUGUUUUUGAAGGUGCUGUCCGGCUGGUGCUUUUUUGACCUCUUCUCAUUUUUUUCCCUUUUUUUUUUUGAAAAAAAAAACAGCUGUUUUUCCGCAUCGAUUUCUGAUCCACGGCGAUAUUUUAUCAGCCUUUUCUGGGGCUGAUUGUUUUUUACAUUUCUCCAAAAAAAAAAAGAACUGAUAUCUUUACCCGCUGACUUUUAUUGUUACGGAAAGCUGAGAUACAGAACGUCCAAAAAAAUCUAUAUCAAACGGAGAGAGCAGGUUCUGUUUUGAACUGGUUAGCCGCUACUGAGACUAAAAAUAAGAACAGCGGUCUUGAUUCUUGGAUGACAGCUGAACUGUGACCAAUAGCUGACAGGAAGGGUCAGGAGGGUUUCUGGUUUGCUGCCGUCCAGCUGCGGAGAUGGAGAAGUCGAUGCUGAAGGACGACUGCUGCUCUGUGGUUUUGGGGGAGGAGAAGAAAGGGCACCUCAUCCCGAACUGCAGUGGGCACCAGGGUGCCAACGGCAACCUGGUUGGCAUAGCGGCGGCGGGGGCAGGGGGCGCGGGGGUGCCCGCAGUGGACAGGGUAGUGUACCCGGAAAGAGAGACCUGGACCAGGCAGAUGGACUUCAUCAUGUCCUGCGUGGGCUUCGCUGUGGGUCUGGGGAACGUGUGGCGCUUCCCUUACCUGUGCUACAAGAACGGUGGAGGAGUCUUCCUCAUUCCCUAUAUCCUGAUUGUCCUGGUCGGGGGGAUCCCUAUCUUUUUCUUGGAGAUCGCACUGGGACAGUUCAUGAAGGCUGGCAGCAUCAAUGUGUGGAACAUUGCACCGCUCUUUAAAGGACUGGGCUAUGCCUCAAUGGUGAUCGUGUUCUUCUGCAACACCUACUACAUCAUGGUGCUGGCCUGGGGAUUCUACUACUUCGUGCAGUCGUUCACCGCCACCCUGCCCUGGUCCUCCUGCGACAACCCCUGGAACACCGAGACCUGCAUCGAGAUCUUCCGGCACGACGAGUGCCACAACGGCACCAUCGGCAAUUCCUCCUUCGGCAACAUGACGUGUGAGGAGCUGGCCAGCGGCCGCUCGCCCAUCAUCGAGUUCUGGGAGAACAAAGUUCUGAACAUCUCGGAGGGGCUGGAUUACCCGGGCGCCAUGAACUGGGAAGUGAUGCUCUGCCUCCUUGCAACCUGGGUCAUUGUGUACUUCUGCGUGUGGAAGGGGGUCAAGUCAACGGGGAAGAUCGUGUACUUCACGGCCACCUUCCCGUACGUCGUGCUGAUCAUCCUGCUGGUGCGCGGCGUGACCCUGCCGGGCGCCUACGACGGGAUUCUCUACUACAUCAAGCCGAACUGGUCCAAGCUGGGCGAGGCGCAGGUUUGGAUCGAUGCCGGCACGCAGAUUUUCUUCUCCUACGCAAUCGGGCUGGGCGCUCUCACCGCCCUAGGCAGUUACAACCGAUUCAACAAUGACUGCUACAAGGAUGCCUUUGUGCUAGCCCUCAUCAACAGUGGCACCAGCUUCUUUGCUGGCUUUGUGGUGUUCUCCAUUCUGGGUUUCAUGGCAUCGGAGCAGGGAGUCGACAUAUCCAAAGUGGCCGAGUCAGGUCCCGGCCUGGCGUUCAUUGCGUACCCAAAAGCUGUCUCUCUGAUGCCAGUAGCCCCACUUUGGGCGGCUCUCUUCUUCUUCAUGCUUCUGCUGUUGGGACUGGACAGUCAGUUUGUUGGGGUGGAAGGUUUUGUUACUGGGAUUCUGGACCUGUUUCCCGGGAAGUAUUACAUGCGCUGGCGGCGGGAAAUCGCCGUUGCCAUCUGCUGUUCGCUUUGCUUUAUUAUCGAUCUCUCCAUGGUUACUCAGGGGGGGAUGUACGUCUUCCAGCUCUUUGAUUAUUACUCAGCCAGCGGUAUGACCCUGCUGUGGCAGGCAUUCUGGGAAUGCGUAGUUGUCUCCUGGGUCUACGGAGCUGACAGGUUUAUGGAUGACAUCGCUCGUAUGAUCGGUUACCGGCCUUUCCCUUGGAUAAAGUGGUGCUGGUCGUUUAUUACUCCAUGUGUUUGCAUGGGUAUCUUCCUAUUUCACCUUCUGAACUACAAGCCUCUAACCUACAACAAUGUGUACGUGUACCCUUGGUGGGGGGAGGUGAUUGGCUGGUGUAUGGCCCUGUCCUCCAUGCUCUGCAUCCCAACCAGCCUGGUCUACAAGCUCUUCAGAGCCAAGGGCACCUUCCGAGAGCGGUGGAACCACCUGACCAAGCCAGUCUGGGGGACCCAUCACCUGGAGUAUAUGGCCCCUGACGCGGACAUCAAGAGCCUGGCGUCUCUCACCCCAGGCUCCGAAGAGAAUAAGGUCAUCAUCUUCGAGAGCGUCAUGUAGCCCCACCAGCCGAAGGGGCCCUCUCUCAGUGUGGCGGCCUCCAUCUCUCUCCUGCUCUCCACACUGACCCCCCAGCCGGGGCCGGUCACUCUGGCCUCACCACACACACUGACAGACAGUGUCAUGGCAGAAUUUUAACAGGCAGCAGCUUCGUCCGGAAGCUUGCACUAAAGGGACAUGUACCUGCUGCUCAGAAAUUCGUUUGAUAAAUCUUUUGUUAGCUAAUCUGAUCCCACUGCCCUUUGUUUUUUGGGAAAAGGUAGCAGGUGCUGAUGUUUUUUUGUUUCCUCCUUUACUUUCAUACCACCAGCUCAGAGAAAAUGCACCUGUAUAAGUAAUACAGAUCCACUAAAGGUCGCAUUUAAGCCCAUGUUUGAAGAGAAACUUCAGAAAAACCUGGAAAACCGUUUUUCUUACGGUGUGUCCUAGGGUAAAGCGUGAUUGCAGCUGCCUUAAUUCCCCUGAAAUAAUAGAGUGAAGGCCAGCAUGAUUUUAAGGUAAUUGUUAAAGCCAUCAAAACUCCUUUUCCCAUGAAUAAAAGGGCAGGCGAAACUCUCUUAACUCCAGAUUUGUUAAACCCAUUUCUGAAGCUUGAGGUUUUGUUAUAUAGGUGUUGUGUUUUUUUUAUUCUUGCAUUAACAGCAAAUGAUCCUUCAAAAGUAAAAGGCAGAGCAUCUUAUAAUUCUCCUCAUGGUUAAAGUGACCUGGAGUCCUCAUUUGCACACCAGCUCCUAGUACAGAAGGGAAAAUACAGUGCCCUGAAGACUUUUGGUGCACAAACAGUAAAUAAAAGGAUUUAUAUAUUUUAAUAGGACAGGUAAGGAUGUAAUUUGUGUGAUUUUUAAGUUGAAAUAACACAAUGUCUAGUGAAUUGCUUCGUACACUUUUUUAAUUAGCAGUAAUAGAACGAAAGCUGCCAAAUUUGUAAAUGUUUCAUAUGCGCUCAACUGCAAAUUAUGAACUAAAGUUUAAUAAAAAAGAAAGUUUUUAAAUCAGUCUUACAGAAAAUUGCUAAAUUACUGGUUUUGCAUUCAUGAUGUUCACAGUCCAGCUAACGUGCCAAAAUCUAGGACUCCAUCCUUCACAGCGAUGAGUGAUGGAGAAUGGACUCCACAUGGAUGCCAUAAUAGAGCCCUUUAGUACAACUACUGCCUGGGGCAUUUCAGCACCACUAUGUGUAUUUCAGUUAAUUUUGGCUGUUCACAAGUAUUAAAACACUAUUAAAGCUUUACCGCACAUAAGGGAACAGCUGUUUUGUAUAAUAUUUUUUUUUCAAAAAGGGACAUUCAGGUGCAGAGGCAUUGGACAUAACAGGCAACUUAGUAGCUGAACGUAUGGAUGGUCUUGUUUUUAAAUAGUAUUGAUAUGGUUGUAACUGUUCCGGUAAUCUGCAAAGAUCAAGGUGGAACCAAACAAGGGAAAACAGUUACUUGGGGAAAUUUUAUAGGAGCAACACCCAGUUUGCAGUGGCAUCAAACACUAUGAUGGGACUGCUUGAUCCUGCCAGUCAGAUGUACAAGCUGCAUCUCAAAUCCUCCACUACUCUUUGAGUGGGACAUUUGUGUUGUCAUCCACUCUUCCAGGCAGCUUCAGACAGCCACAACUAAUCUUCCCAGUUCCAGUCUCCCGAUGUUCCUGUCCAUCCUGCACAUGGAUGGGCCGAACCACAGUGCAGUUGGAAAAGGGAUUUACUCCAGAGCGCGUCUUCCAGCGACUAGUAUUUAGCUGAACUCAGUCGUUCCUGCACUGCGGUAACCUGCAGGAAGCAGCUCUGAAGUAAGACCCCAGACACGGGAAAGAGACACAGCUGUUGUUUCAGUCUGUUUUCUCCUUCCAGUGCCUUGUGGUUGGUUUAUGCAGAAAGGGUCUACUGAGUAAUAAGUGGAACAUCUUCUGCCUGUACAGCUACUAAAGUGCUGUUUGAGGUUUGCACAUAGUGCCAAGUGAGAGAGGUAGUCACGUAAAUGCCAAACUUUGCCUUUGAUGCAUGUCUUAAGUCUGGAGCCCUCUUUAUUGAAAUUUAACACAGCCAGUCUAUAGGUGUGUGCACACCUUUAGGACCCCAAAGUGCUGUCCUUUCGAAUCGCCUGUCAGAAUCCUGCCAUGUACAGCAAUAUAGGUGGUACAUUUAUCAUUGUGAAAAAUCAUUGCUGAAAAUGUUGAACGAUAGAUAUUAGUAACGCAAGGCUGAACUACAUUUGCACAUUGUUGUAAAAUAAUCUCGCUAGCACCUUUUGAUCGUGUUAGAAGAAAACUUUGUUCUUUAUUUUACUUACUGUAAAAUAAAUCCAAUUUAUUUUGUGAAUGGUUUUAUUUUGCUGAUAUUUGUAAUAUAUAUACAUAUCUAUAUACAUUUAUAUAUUUAUAUAUGUGUGUGAUAUGGCUGCAAGAGGUUGCUGCCGUGUGCAGACUGUAGUUUUGAUGAAAAUGGGGUGUGUAUUAUUCUAUGAUGGCAGUGAAGGAUUGGAAGGAAGAAUUGGACUUGCUGUGCAGUGAUACAGAAGUCCACUUCAUUGAGUGUGUUUUGUCACUUGCCUUAUAUCUCCCAGAGCUCUGUUUCUCAUACUGUAGCCUCACAAAUUACUGACAUUCACUCAUUUAUCUGUGGUACAGAACCAUGUGACGUGUGUCCACAAGUGCCAGGCGGAUAGCUACCCCUCUCAGAGAGCAGGCCAGUUUAGUAGAUAGACACUGCUUUCUGUUCUUAGCAUUCAUUAGAACGAAAUAUACCUGAGCUGACAGGAAACUAUUUUGAUGUACGGUAACUGAAAUAUUCCAGAUGCAGGUGUGGUUUUCAAUGAACAGAACAGCACAGAAUACAGCCUUUAGCCCUCUGUAAGGGAGCAGGUGCUCCUGUGUUGUUGUUAAUAAAAGUACAGUUCUUUUGAUUGGUCUAAAUUUCAUUACUAAAUAGUAUAUUUUAAGUGCUCAUCCCGUGUGAAAAAUCAGUAGUUUCAUUUAGGUGAAAAAAAAUCUAUAUAUAAAUUGACAAAAAAAUAAUACUAUUGCUAUUAAUAUUGACAUUUUAGAGAUAACAUUAAGCCUUUUUAACUCUGGUAUCUGUUCUUGAUAAUGUAGAAGGCAGUAAUCAAGGUAGUGGCAGUCUGUUCAGACUUAACUGCACCUCAUUUCCUAUAGGUAAGAGGUCCCUCUUUAGAGUUAGAAGCUGUACCAUCAGCACACAUUUCAUCUUGCAUUUUAAUCAAUACCUUGUUUUUUUUUUCUCAUGCUUCUAUUCAGGCCCAGCCUCACCUUAUCAAUGAGUCACAGUUUUUCUUGUUGCACAAAUGGAAAAAGCUACUAUGUGGAUGUCUCUACACAUCACAGUCGGCACAACCAGUUGCUUAAAAUAAGGACAGUCUUGUUAAAACCCUGGGUGAUAUAUGGUGAUCUGUACGUGUUUGUGCCCUUUUCUAAGAUGGGAUUAGUUGGUUAGUCCUUGCUGUGUGGUUUCAUGGCCUCUGAUGAAGAAAUGGUCACUUUACAGUUUACCGCCCUGUUGUAGCUUUUCGGUGACCUGGCUUCUCAGCCAUGUUUUUCUGAAAACGACAGAUAAUUAAUCUGCAGCAGCAGCAGCUCUUCGUCUAUAUGCAGAUUCACAAAGCUGAAAAAGUGACAGACUAAAGCAAGAAGGCAGCUGUAGCUGAAAAAUUAAAAUGUAUUUUUUUAAACACGUAAGCUUAGGAGUGAACAACCCAGUCUCAAGAAAUUAACUUGCGUGUUAUGGUUGCGAGACGAAUUGCAUGGGUAUGGACAGAGCUCUAGGCUUUUAAGAGCCUGGAUUGUUCAGCAAGUUUAAUAAAAUCAUAUUGAAAUCUAAAUUAUACAGCAAAACCAAUAUACAUUACUUAAACCAUGUGCUAUUUCACUAUUUUUGUAAUCCUAUUUCAGAUGUUAUCCUUUGCUCCAAGGAUUGGUGGUGCAAAGUAAAUAGAAUUUCUCAUUUAUAGUGCAGACUGAGGUCUGGAAGGCCAAUAAUAAGGUGAGGUUCACAGGCUGAGACUUGGUGCUUGGGGGUGUGCAACGCUUCUGUCCGUGAAAGAAGUGUGUGUGUUCACAUGAGCUUGUGUUUGUCUAGUUGGCAUUUUAUGUUGCCUUCUUGGGAGGUGUUGAUGUUUUCAGAAAAUAGAAACGGCCUGUUUUAAUGCAUCCCAUUCAGUCUCUGACCACAGAAUUUGCAAGAUUUCCUAAGUGAAAUUGUCCAUGACUGCAGGACCUUAGGAUGCAGUUCGCAAUAAACUAUGCAAUGUAACAUAAGGAAAAUUUAACCAGCUAGCAGUGACAGCUUGUCUUUCUGACACAAACUGGGCAACAAUGCACAAAUACUAUAGUAACGAGACUCAAGAGGGAUUUUAAAAACAUUGAUCUUUCUAGCAAGUGAUAUAAACUGAAUUUUAUAUGUGUUCGGCUGUGAAGAAGCAGCAGCCAGAUCCAAAGGCGGUUUUAAACCCGUCAAACUACCAGCACUAUCACGUGUACAGGCAGGCUGAGCACUGUAGAGAUUUGUGCUAAAAGCCUCCAGUAGAAAACCAUAAUAAAAUGAGACUUAAAAUGGAUGUGAAAUACGGCAACCAUGAAAUUUUAAUCCACUAUUAUAUAUAUUUCUUUGCAGUCAAAUAAUGCCAUCCCAACAGACUCUGUUUAAUCCAAGUGAUUUCAAAGUGCGGUGAAUAGUGUUAAAAAUGGAAGCAUUAUAGUGAAAGAAUACUCAGCACUCAUGCACCUCGGAUGAGGAUACUGUGAAUAAAUGAGGGUUAUGAAGUUUUUGGUGAGCUAAUAAACCCAUGUGAUGUUCCAUCUUUGUGCUUGAAUAACGUGUUCCACCUGUGAAACCUAACUUCUAGUCUUCCAUUCAUGAUCGUAAGAGUAGUAAUAAACUGUAACAACAAUAAUGGUGACGACGGCAACAAUGGUGUUCCAUUGGUAUCAUCCUUCACAAUGUACAAAGGGCUUCAUGCUUUGACCACUGUGACUGUGUGCAGAACUCCACUCGCCCAAACAAGAGUAACAACAUGGCAAUAAAGAGAACUAACUCUGA